UAACACAAGAUAAAAAGCAAGUAGUAGCUGAUAAUGAAAAUUAUAGUGAAUUAGUAUCAAACCUAGGAUCUCAAAAUAAAACAAAAUUUAAUAAUGUUUUUACUGAAGGUACAAGCUGGUUUAAAGAACAAUAUUUAAUUCAGCAUUUAAAUUCAAAAGAUCAUCAAAAAGCACAAGAAAUUGAAACAUGUAUUCAGUUAACUAUUAAUAAAA